GUGAUGCGAGGUGUCCUGCUGGCUCAGUAUACCUCUCCUGCAGUUAUUGUCAGCAGCUGUCAGCCGAUGUUUGUAUAAUGCUGGACGUUUCCCUUCAUUAGCUGGUUCGCCCAGGUGCUGUCCAUCACUAGAUCGCUGUAGCCCCGGACUUGCUUUCCCUAUUACAGGCUGAACAGGGGGCCGGCGCUUGUGUCUGUGCUUUGCCCGCUGCUGUCAAUCUUCACAAGACCUUAGACACUCCCUGUCAGCUGCUGGACUCUGAUAAGGUGCCUCUCUUCCUCCUCACCACUCAACAGCUGCCUUGUUGAGGAUGGACCACCUUUGUGCCUGUCAGAUUAGGAGCCUUCUCCGGGGACCCCACCAAAUCAGUGAUGGUUGAUGAAACCCACCACCAUUAUGUUUUCUUAAGAAACGGUGGUGGUGAGAAUAAGCUGAGAAUUGAAAGCUUGAAUCUCUUGCCAGAAGGGUGAUAUCUUUCCUCCCUACUCUACCUUCCCUGUGCUACAUCCCUCCUAGAGCCCGAAAUUCCCUGGAUGUGUGGAGGCAAGGACAGACCGUAGGGACUCCAACAGAUUAAGUUGUUGCUAUACCGAAGAAACAGAGACCAUCCUUAACCAACUGAACGUUUUCUCAUAAGACACAAGUCCAUUUUGAGAGGGAUGGCUUGUAAUUUAAGAUUCCCUAUACUGGAGAACCAGUUGACAUGUCCAAUCUGUCUGGAGAUGUUUAAAGACCCUGCUAUGCUGCAGUGUGGACACUCCUACUGUAGGGACUGCUUAUGGGGGCUUAUGAAGCAAUCUGAUAUACUACUGUUGUGCCCCGUGUGUCGGCAGGAAGUGGACUACAGUUCUUCUCCCCCCAAUGUUACACUAAAGCGCCUUAUUGAGACACUAAAGAUGCUGAGUGAGGAGCAAGCUGGAUCAGAGACCUGUCCUAAUCACAAUAACCCACUGAGCCUAUACUGCGAGCAAGACCAGGAGGUUAUCUGCGGCCUGUGUGGCACUAUUGGGGACCACCGGCAUCACCCAAUCAGACCACUUACCAGUGUAUAUAGCAAAAUGAAGGAAGAUGUGUCUGCACUGAUGACUGAACUACAGAGAGAGAGAAGAGUUCUGGAGGAGCAGAUAAACAAACUCACCAAUAACAAGAACCGUAUCAUAAAUGAAUCAGAUGUGUUUCAGCGCUUAAUCUGCAAGGAGUUCCGCGAGCUCCAGAGAUACAUCGCGGAAGAGGAGUCGCGCUUUCUGAAACUAGUGUCCAGGAAAGCUGCAGAGCUCAUCAACUCGAUUGAGAUUCAGCUAGAGCAGAAAAAUGAGAUCCUGAGCACUGUGCAAGAGAAAGAGCUGCAGCUAGAGAUCCUAGGAAAUGAGAGUCAUCUGCACUUCAUCCGGAACUAUACUGAUAUAACUUCCAGCUGUCAACCACCGCUACCACGUUCUGCCGACACAUCUUACACUGCCAUCUUCUUUAAGCCUGGAUUCCGGCAGGAUGACAUCAAGUUCACAGUCUGGAAACGACUGCAGCGGCGGAUUCUGCCUAAGCCAGAGAUUUUGAAACUAGACCCUCUCACCGCACAUCCUCUGCUGGAGUUGUCCAAGGGAGAUACCAUGGUGCAGUGCCGAUCACCUGCAAAUCGUCGUGGUAGCAAUCCUGAAGGCUUUGAAAAUAGCAGCUGUGUUCUGGCCACACGUGGUUUUUCCACAGGCAAGCAUUACUGGGAAGUGGUUGUCGGUACCAAACAAAAGUGGAGAAUUGGUGUGGUCAAGGGCACAGUGAGUCGCAAGGGCAAGAUGGUCCGAGCACCUGAGGCAGGAGCAUGGCUCAUUGGACUCAAAGAAGGACGUUUCUAUGAAGCUUUCACAUCUCCCAGCGUCUCCCUGCCCAUCCACUCCCGCCCACAACGUAUUGGCAUCUUCCUUAAUUAUGAGAAAGGAGAGCUGAUCUUCUAUAAUGCAGAUAGCCCCGACGAGCUGAUACCGUUGUAUAUGUUCCAGGCCGAGUUCCAAGGAAAGCUUUACCCAGUUCUAGACGUGUGCUGGCAAGAAAGGGGAACCAAUCCCCAACCUCUUAUAUUGCCCACUACGGAAACAGUAGCCAAUGACCAGUGAUUGUUUUAAAAAAAAAAAUAAUAAUAAUAAUAAUUCACUUUACUUACUUUCA